CAAUGUAUUUGCUUUGUAGGAUUUCCUAGAGCUUUUCACCUCGACAGACAGAACUUGGCAGAAGACCAAAGGGUUCCUUCCGAUCUCUCAGAGGCUUCCUGAGAGCACAGAUGGAUGAGCGAGACUCAUCUGGCCCUGGAACAGGAAGAGGCCAUGCCAACCAAACUGGGAGCAGUGGGGGGUUAUGGGAAAACUCUGUGCAGAAGAUCCUGGGUGAGGAGGACACCCUCCGCUCAGAGGUGCAGAGCCAGCAGUUGAGGCAGUUCUGCUGCCAGGAGGCCAAAGGACCCCGAGAGGUUUGCAGCCGACUCCACCACCUUGACCAUCAGUGGCUGAAGCCGGAAAGACACACGAAAGCUGAGAUGCUGGACCUGGUGAUCUUGGAGCAGUUCCUGGCUGUCCUUCCCCUGGAGAUGGAGAGCUGGGUGAGGGACUGUGGAGCAGAGACCAGUUCCCAGGCGGUGGCCCUGGCCGAAGGUUUCCUCCUGAGUCAGGCAGAGGAGAGAAAGCAGGGAAAGGAUCUCUUUGCAGAAAUGGACCUGGAUUCCUGUGAGGCAGAGAGGCCUCCGUUGGACACCAGAGAGAGGCCACUGGGUGACGGAAUGAUGCCCGCAAGACCUCCUGAUCCAUCUUUUCAUGGGGGCAGAAGGGAAGCAGCAGCUGUGGAACCAGAUCAGGGUCCAGUGUGCUUUGAAGAUGUCGCUGUUCGUUUCACGGAUGAGGAGUGGGCGUUGCUGGAUCCUGACCAGAGAGCUCUGCAUAAGGACGUCAUGGAGGAGAAUCGUGGGAUCGUGGCCUCUCUUGAUUGUGAUGAAAUGGAAAUUGAGAACAAAGGUGAACACAACAAAAUCCCCAGAGAGGAGAAGCCACACAAAAAUUUAGAGUGUGGAAAAAGCUGCAGUCAGAGCUCCCAUUCCACUUCCCAUCAACAAAAUGCCAUUGGAAAGAAACUCUAUCAGUGCAUGGAAUGUGGAAAGAGCUUCCGUCAGAGUUCCCAUCUCAUUUCCCAUCAAAGAAUUCAUACAGGGGAGAAACCCUAUCAGUGUGUGGAAUGUGGAAAGAGCUUCACUGAUAGCUCCUCUCUCAAUUCCCAUCAAAGAAUUCACACAGGUGAGAAACCCUAUCAGUGCGUGGAAUGUGGAAAGAGCUUCAGGAAGAGCUCCAAUCUCACUUCCCAUCAAAGAAUUCAUACAGGGGAGAAACCCUAUCAGUGUGUGGAAUGUGGAAAGAGCUUCAGGAAGAGCUCCCAUCUCACCUCCCAUCAAAGAAUUCAUACAGGUGAGAAACCCUAUCAGUGUGUGGAAUGUGGAAAGAGCUUCACUGAAAGCUCCUCUCUCACUUCCCAUCAAAGAAUUCAUACAGGGGAGAAACCCUAUCAGUGUGUGGAAUGUGGAAAGAGCUUCACUCACAACUACAGUCUCACUUUUCAUCAAACAAUUCAUACAGGGGAAAAACCCUAUCAGUGUAUGGAAUGUGGAAAGAGCUUCACUCAUAGCUCCUCUCUCACUUCCCAUCAAAGAAUUCAUACAGGGGAGAAACCAUAUCAGUGUGUGGAAUGUGGAAAGAGCUUCACUCAUAGCUCCUCUCUCACCUCCCAUCAAAGAAUUCAUACAGGGGAGAAACCAUAUCAGUGCUUUGAAUGUGGAAAGAGCUUCACUUAUAGCUCCUCUCUCACCUCCCAUCAAAGAAUUCAUACAGGGGAGAAACCGCAUCAGUGUGUGGAAUGUGGAAAGAGCUUCACUGAUAGCUCCUCUCUCACCUCCCAUCAAAGAAUUCAUACGGGGGAGAAACCAUAUCAGUGCUUUGAAUGUGGAAAGAGCUUCACUGAUAGCUCCUCUCUCACCUCCCAUCAAAGAAUUCAUACAGGGGAGAAACCCUAUCAGUGUGUGGAAUGUGGAAAGAGCUUCACUGAUAGCUCCUCUCUCACCUCCCAUCAAAGAAUUCAUACAGGGGAGAAACCAUAUCAGUGUGUGGAAUGUGGAAAGAGCUUCAGGAAGAGCUCCUCUCUCACUUCCCAUCAAAGAAUUCAUACAGGGGAGAAACCCUAUCAGUGUGUGGAAUGUGGAAAGAGCUUCAGGAAGAGCUCCUCUCUCACUUCCCAUCAUAGAAUUCAUACAGGGGAGAAACCCUAUCAGUGUGUGGAAUGUGGAAAGAGCUUCACUGAUAGAUCCUCUCUCACCUCCCAUCAAAGAAUUCAUACAGGGGAGAAACCAUAUCAGUGCUUUGAAUGUGGAAAGAGCUUCACUGAUAGCUCCUCUCUCACCUCCCAUCAAAGAAUUCAUACAGGGGAGAAACCCUAUCAGUGCAUAGAAUGUGGAAAGAGCUUCAGUCAGAGCUCCUCUCUCACUUCCCAUCAAAGAAUUCAUACAGGGGAGAAACCCUAUCAGUGUGUGGAAUGUGGAAAAAGCUUCACUCACAACCACAGUCUCACUUUCCACCAAACAAUUCAUACAGGGGAAAAACCCUAUCAGUGUGUGGAAUGUGGAAAAAGCUUCACUGAUAGCUCCUCUCUCACCUCCCAUCAAAGAAUUCAUACAGGGGAGAAACCCUAUCAGUGUGUGGAAUGUGGAAAGAGCUUCACUCAUAGCUCCUCUCUCACCUCCCAUCAAAGAAUUCAUACAGGGGAGAAACCAUAUCAGUGUGUGGAAUGUGGAAAGAGCUUCACUGAUAGCUCCGCUCUCACCUCCCAUCAAAGAAUUCAUACAGGGGAGAAACCCUACCAGUGUGUGGAAUGUGGAAAGAGCUUCAGUCAGAGCUCCUCUCUCACCUCCCAUCAAAGAAUUCAUACAGGGGAGAAACCAUAUCAGUGUGUGGAAUGUGGAAAGAACUUCAAUCAGAAAUACAGUCUCACUUCCCAUCAAAGAAUCCAUACAAAGGUCGGAAAAAACAUUAUACAGCUUUUGGAGCCUGGCAAAUCCGCAUCUUUAUAACCAGGCAUUUAGCUGAUUGACAUCUACUGCCCUUUUAACAUGUGGGUUUUUUUGGUGUUUUUAUGUUGUAACAUUCCUCAGACCUGUGGGUGUAGGGAAUAGGUGCCAACUAUUAUAGGCCUGCGGGUCUCCCCCCCCCC